CGAGUUUUUGCACGAAGACUUCCACCCAGAAGGUACGUACGAUCUUACCACGCAAUCCAGCAUUUUCAGGCCAUUCCAGCCCCGAGGCUCUAUGCCUUGCACCUGCUGGGCCACCCCUACUCUAGCUACUAACAACCAGCAUUGAUACGAAGGAUAGAACGAACCAUCCCACGGUCCAAUCCGUACAGCCCCUACCAAGCAAACGACCACCCUCCCCACGACCCCAUUAUCGAUGACUUGAUGAAACUAACCCCCCACAGACCGUUCAUACUCCUGGAAAGACCAACAGAGCACACCGAAUCCAUCAACGCAUACUCAGCUCGACUCCUGGAGAUCUUGUACUUGCUAACAGAAGAAAAGGGUCUCGACGACAACUCCAGAAUAUCUAUCGAGUCCAUGCUCUUCGAGACCACCUCGUACAUACCUACGCCGUUGGAAUCCUGGACGUUUUCGUACCAGCAGUCGUUGAAGAGGCGCAAACUCAACUCGUUUUUGCCCAAGGAACAUCCCGUGUACCCCAACGAGGCAUUGUCCAAAAUAUUGAUCGAUAACUAUUCCCAGCUUCACCGGUUUGCAUCGUCGUACUUCAAUUUGUCGCUUUCGUCCCACAUAACAAAGUACUUGGUGGAGCUAAUUUAUUCGUUACAGUGUUGGGAACUUUAUCACUUGAUCAAUAUCAUUCCCGAUAUCGAGUACUUCUUGAAGUUGAUAGGUUUUGAGGUCACCCCGACCUCGUUUGGGCCCAUCAUCAAGCCUCCAGCAAAUUACCUCAACGACGAUAUGUUAUCAGGCCUACAAUAUCCAUUUCCAUACCCAUUCUACAACUAUUCCUACCAUUCAUUUAACUCCAAGUCCGAGGACCGGAAGUUCGAUGGUAUAAAGAUAAAUCCAUACACUGGCGUCGAUUUGCCACAUCAAGCUUUGGCUACAGGCAAGCAUCGGCGGAGAUCUGAGAUUGGCUCCAGACGCAAAUCGGAGUCCAGGGUAAAGCAAGAAUCGGGCCGUAAUCCAUAUCUCACCCGGAGCAGGGCAAACUCGCUGCACCGAAUCAACGAUCCGACUGAAAGCGACAUAAGUCCAUCUGGAUCAGAAGAGUAUGACGAGGACGACGAAAAUGAGGAGGACGAAGAGGAGGAAGAUGAAGAGGACGGCGACCUUGAUGAGUAUGAAAUCGCAGAACAACCUCUGAGCACGAGGUCUAGGAAAGAUUCCAUCGAGGCUCGUGGCACCGAGGACACCCGUUUUCCAAUGUUGGAAUCCAAUCAAGGAUCGGGAUACUCGGUACAGAACAAUAAACCAUCGGAUGUCAGCAGUAGCGAAGACGACAACGACAAAUUGCUUGCAGAUGCCAAGGACAAGGAACAAGACAUGGGCAGCAAGGCGAGAGACGGACCUGAUGAUCCUACAAGCCCCCUGGUGCAGUUCCCCAGCCAGUUAAAAUUCAUUCAGCAAUCACCCAGAAAGACCAAGGGACUCGAGGCUCAAGAGCUUCUUCUUGAAGCACAAGACGAUAAAAAUAAAAAGAACAAAUCCAGCGUGAUCCACCAGUGUCAAUUGACCGACCCGACCACCUUGAGAAGGUGCCUCAAAAUCUUCUACGGCAAGAACGAACUCUUGAGACACCAAGAGUUUGUGCAUGCCACCAAAAAGAAGAUCUACAAGUGCAUCUACUGCUCGAGAAACAACUCGAAAAUCCAGAGCUAUCCCCGCCACGACUCGUUGGCAAGACAUAUCCGCCGUAAGCAUGGGGUCACGGGAAAGGAAAACAAGAUGGCUGUCAACUACGCCAAAGAGAACGUGGAGGUUAUCGACGACCCCAACGCGUUGGUCACCAAGCAGCACCACUUUGGCAAGCCACUUCCACAUCCGCAGUACUUAAACCUGGACUUCACCAUCAAGCCUGGCUAUGCCGGCUUUUUGCUGUUCAGUUCCAAGGACACAAAGCCCCCUUCUCCCACGGCAAAAAACAGAGUGGUUGACGUGAUAAGCCAACCACUGGCAGACUCUGGGGCCCUCCAAGAUGCCCAGGGUGACGAAGAAUCGCCUACUGGCAGUGCUGGCUUCCAGUCGUUCAGGGUGGGAGGAGGCCACGACGGGAGCAAUUCGAACCAGCUCGUGGCUGGGGAAUCGGUAGACACAUUGCCUGCGGAUGCCAACCAGCCUGUUACCAUUGCGCCUGAGCCUGAAGCCACUCCCAAAUCUCAGCAGCCACCCGUGCCAGAACCCAGCCCCAGAGCCCCCUAGCUGGAGCCUGGGAUCCCGAGACCGGAACCGACGCACGUGACAACUGACUCACGUGCCGCCAAUAACGUGACCACCUCUUUACAUAGGCCUAAUCUACGUCCCCCACCGCCAUGCCCCAAAACCGGC